AUGGGGCCCCCGGGCAAUAGGGGAUCACGGGGCCCCUGUGUCCUUGCCCAAACACAAAAAAGCCGAUGAAAAAGGUAUCAGGGGCAUUUCAUGGGGCCCCCUACUGACCCCGUGCCCUCAUGCAAAAUUGACUGAUAGUGAAGGCGGGUACACAGUAUUCAGGAAACAGUGAGUGCAAGCAGGGGCGGACUGACAACUCAUGGGGCCCCCGGGCAAUAGGGGAUCAUGGGCCCCUAUGUCCUUGCCCAAACUCAAAAAAGCAUAUGAAAAAGGUAUCAGGGGCAUCUCAUGGGGCCCCUUACUGACCCCGGGCCCUCGGGCAGUGCCCGAGUUUCCAAAUGGUCACUCCACUCCU